CUCGCUUCUCCCCUCUCUCUUCUUCGGGCCCCCUUUUUCAUACUGCUGUUGUGGAUUCGACAUGCGGAGGAAUCGACCGGGAUCAAACAAUUCAAAGCAAGAAUUCGGCAGAGUUUGGCGUUCUUUGAUCCAUAAUACUGGCUUGUUCAUCGAAAAUUCUGUGAUGGGUUGAUAUUAUGGGUGAUUAAUGCUGAUCUCAAUCCCGAUUGGUUGGGUCAGGCCCAGUUAGGUCUGGGGAGAAAGCAAGAAAGAAUAAGAAAGAUAGCUAUUUCUUCUUAUACAAGGUGAUAUGUUUGUUCUAGCAGAUUCUGAAGAAAAGAUAGGGCAAUAGUGGUCCUCCAAAACUCAGUUUUGGAAGAAUGCCUGGGUACUAUGACAUGGAUGACAUCUUGAUGGAGGAUGAGCCUAUUUCUGUUGUCUUUCAAGUUGGAGCUCAUGGUUGUGGCCUUCUAGAUCCAGGUUCAGAAACCAUCGAUAUCGAAAAGGGCACUAAGAUGGAUCUGCCUUAUUGGCUUGCUCACCAGUUGCACUUGAGGCAAGCAGUAUCUAUUAGUGUUCCAGCCAGCUUCAGCCAAAAAACUAGGAAGGAAAUCCAGGCUGAUGCUGCAUGUGUUGAUCUGAAGGGUCGUUGCCCAUACUUUUAUGAGUUGGGAUGCAAGAUUGCGCCACUGGUUGGUGACAAGACAAUUGGAUCCUUUCUGCUUUAUGCAUUCACGGAUCGGUACAAGGAGAUGUUGAGCAAGUCACACAGUGCCUCAGCUGUUCCAAGAUUCUCUUCACGUCUUACAAAAGAAGAGUCACAACUGUUCGAAGCUGCUCGCUCUUCAAUGGCAGCAUUCAAGAAAUGGCGUACAGGUGGGUCGCGAUUGGAGAAGGCAUCGAUCCUCGGGAGGAAAAGGAAGAGAACCAUACCACUCGGCCCAUCUUCACCGUAAAUAAACUCGCUAAUUGUGAAAUACUAGUCUUUGUUGUGAUUCUUCUCUCUUAUCUUUGGAAUGUACUGCGUGUUGCAUGUUGCUCCAAGUAAAAUGUAUGCAUUUCUCUCUUC